UGUCCACCUAGUUUGCACAACCCAGUCACAAGCUAGGCAAGCUCCGUCAGCACUAUGGCUGUCGCAACAACUGUCCUGGGGUAUGCCGGGCUCGGCUUCCUCACGCGCUGCUAUGCGCUCGGCAUCCAGAAGCGAAAUGUCCUGGAGAACCUCGGCGGACAUGCGAUGCUUAUGACCGUCUUUGGCGCCGCUGGAUACUACUUGCACGGCGUUGAAGGGCGGCAAGCCGAGCUGAUUCAGCAAAAGAAGGAGCAGAUCCUCAAGAACCGGCAGCGCAUGGCCGGCGAGGCACCUCAAGACGAUGCAUGAGUCGGCUGAGCAGCCCUUCUGCACGCAGCAGGCACCCCGCUCCAUCUUGCGCUCCACAAGCCAAGGCCUCACCGGCGCGCCGCAUAAUCGCAGCGGCGAACCACGAGAAGGAUGAGAUAGGACCUCGCAUGCAGGACGGCACUCGGAGCGCGAGUAUGCAGACACCGGCCGUCGUAGAUGCGCUCCAAGAAAGGCGCGGUACAGAGGACACUCGAUUGUAGCAUCGAUAUGUGAAAAAGUCACUGGCCGAGUCAUGA